GGCGGGAGCUGCGGAGUCGGGAAUCAAAACAAAGGGCCUGGGGGGGCGGGGGGAAGGCGGCGGGGCCGAAAUGUGAGCGCAGGUGGAGCAGGCGGUUGGAGGGUGGAAGAAUGAAAGAAAAGAAAGAUGAAAGAAUGUUGAACCAUUUUGUAUGGCCGUAUGAUGGAAGGGAACGGAACGGAGAACUCCUUUAGUAGAACACUUGGAUGGCUUCAACAAAAUAAUGAUGCUAAGCCAUGGCUCUGGAAAUUUUCUAAUUGCUUUUCUCGUCCUGAGCAGACAUUGCCACUUAGUCCCCAAACGAAAGAUUACAUGGAGAACAAGAAAGUUGCUUUGGAACUCAAGGAUGUACCAUCUCCCCUUCAUGCUGGCUCUAAACUUUUUCCAGCAGUCCCUCUUCCAGAUAUUCAUUCUCUUCAGCAACCCAAAUUACAGCUUUCAGCUGUCCCCAAAGUAAGCUGCUGCGCUCAUUGCACUAAUGAACCCUCCACUUCGCCAAUGCAUUGUGGUGGUGGCGGUGGCGGUGGCCGAGGUGCUGGUAGCUUGAUUCACACGGGCGCACUGUUAGAUUCGCAGAGCACCAGGACAAUCACGUGUCAGGUAGGGUCAGGGUUUCCCUUCCAGUCUGCAUCUUCACUCCAGAAUGCCUCAGCUAGGAACAACUUGGCCGGCAUUGCAAGUGACUUUCCCAGCAUGUGUCUAGAAAGUAAUCUCUCCUCCUGCAAACACCUGCCCUGUUGUGGAAAGCUCCAUUUCCAGUCAUGUCAUAGUAAUGUGCACAAGCUGCAUCAGUUUCCAGCUCUCCAGGGCUGCACCUCCGCUGGCUAUUUCCCCUGUUCUGAUUUCACAAGUGGGGCUCCAGGGCAUUUGGAAGAGCACAUUUCACAGUCGGAGCUAACGCCUCACCUGUGCACCAACUCUUUGCACCUAAAUGUGGUUCCUCCGGUUUGUUUAAAGGGCUCACUUUACUGCGAAGACUGUCUAAACAAGCCGGCAAGAAAUAGUAUAAUUGAUGCUGCUAAAGUCUGGCCAAAUAUACCACCUCCAAAUACACAAACUGCACCUGUUACUAUUCCUCUGUGUAAUGGCUGUGGAACCAAAGGAACAGGGAAGGAGACCACGUUGUUACUGGCAACCAGUCUAGGCAAAGCUGCUUCAAAAUUUGGGUCACCCGAAAUUGCACUAGCCGGACAGGUGCUAGAGAACUUACCCCCCAUUGGAGUUUUUUGGGAUAUUGAAAACUGCUCAGUUCCCUCUGGCCGCUCAGCUACUGCUGUUGUACAGAGACUCCGUGAGAAGUUUUUUAAAGGCCAUAGAGAAGCAGAAUUCAUCUGUGUGUGUGACAUCAGUAAAGAAAACAAGGAAGUUAUUCAAGAGCUGAAUAAUUGCCAGGUAACUGUUGCCCACAUCAAUGCUACUGCAAAAAAUGCCGCUGAUGAUAAACUCCGCCAGAGUCUCCGAAGGUUUGCAAAUACCCACACUGCUCCAGCCACUGUGGUUCUUGUGUCAACUGAUGUCAAUUUUGCAUUGGAACUCAGUGACCUGAGACACAGGCAUGGUUUCCAUAUAAUUUUGGUCCAUAAAAACCAGGCCUCAGAAGCACUGCUACAUCAUGCUAACGAGCUGAUCAGAUUUGAAGAGUUCAUAUCAGACUUGCCCCCCAGGUUACCACUAAAAAUGCCACAGUGCCACACUCUGCUCUAUGUUUAUAACCUACCAGCAAAUAAAGAUGGCAAGAGCAUCAGCAACAGGCUCAGACGCCUGUCCGAUAAUUGUGGUGGGAAAGUGCUGAGUAUCACAGGCUGCAGUGCGAUUCUCCGCUUCAUAAACCAAGAUAGUGCAGAACGGGCUCAGAAGCGAAUGGAAAAUGAAGAUGUCUUUGGUAAUAGGAUCAUUGUGUCAUUUACUCCAAAAACUAGAGAACUCUGUGAAGCAAAGGGUUCAAAUGCAAUUACUGAUAAAGUGAAGUCUCCCAAAAAACUUAAGAAUCCAAAACUGUGCCUCAUCAAAGAUACAAGUGAACAAUCUUCCAGUGCCAAAGCCACUCCUGGGAAAGGGUCACAGGCAAAUUCUGGAUCUGCUUCAAAAAACUCAAAUGUUAAAAGUUUACAGGAGCUGUGCCGCCUGGAGUCAAAGACUGGUACGAGAAACAGUGACUCCCAGCAUGGUAACCUGAGGCUGGUCGCACCUCCUCACAGGAACUCCAGUGCUGCAGCGCCCACGCUUAAAAACCUGGGGAUGGCAGAGUCCGUUUACAAAACCAAUCUGAAAAAAGAGAACCUCAGUGCCCGAAGUGUUACCAGUUCUCCUGUAGAGAAAAAAGAUAAAGAGGAGACACUGUUCCAAGUGAGUUACCCGUCUGCUUUCAGCAAGUUAAUUGCAUCAAGGCAAGUCGGUCCCCUGCUCACAUCUCAGUCUUGGUCUUUGCGAACAUCCCCACUUGCUUUCAACAUUGCAAAUUCGAGUAUUGGUGCCGACUGCCCAGACCCCUUUGCAAAUGGUGCCGACAUCCAGAUCAGCAACAUAGACUACAGAUUAUCGCGAAAGGAGCUGCAGCAGCUCAUGCAAGAAGCAUUUUCUAGGCAUGGCAAGGUGAAGAGUGUGGAGCUCAGUCCCCAUACAGAUUAUCAACUUAAGGCUGUUGUUCAGAUGGAAAACUUACAAGAAGCAAUCAGGGCGGUGAAUAGCCUCCAUAGAUACAAAAUUGGCAGCAAGAAGAUCCUGGUCUCACUUGCCACAGGACCUGCUAAUAAAUCACUCUCUUUACUGAGUGCAGAAACAAUAUCUGUUCUUCAGGAUGCUCCUGCCUGCUGUCUGCCUCUUUUUAAAUUUACAGAUAUCUAUGAGAAAAAGUUUGGACACAAGUUGAAUGUGUCAGAUUUAUAUAAGUUAACAGACACGGUUGCAAUCCGUGAGCAAGGAAAUGGGAGACUGGUGUGCCUCCUGCCUAGCAGCCAAGCCCGACAGAGCCCCUUGGGCUCUUCCCAGUCCCAUGACGGCUCCUCAGCCACCUGCAGCCCAAUUAUAUUUGAAGAGUUAGAAUAUCACGAGCCCAUCUGCAGACAGCACUGUUCCAAUAAGGAUUUCAGUGAACAUGAAUUUGAUCCAGACUCCUACAAGAUUCCUUUUGUGAUUCUGUCUCUGAAGAUGUUUGCACCCCAAGUUCAUAGUCUUCUGCAGACACACGAGGGCACUGUGCCUUUAUUAAGCUUUCCAGAUUGCUAUGCUGCGGAGUUUGGUGAAUUAGAAGUAGUGCAAGAAAACACAGGGGGUGUGCCCUUAGAGCACCUCAUCACCUGUGUUCCAGGUGUAAACAUUGCCACUGCACAGAAUGGCGUCAAAGUAAUUAAGUGGAUUCACAACAAGCCCCCGCCUCCAAACACAGACCCUUGGCUUCUGCGCUCUAAAAGUCCUGUUGGUAACCCCCAGCUGAUCCAGUUCAGUCGAGAAGUGAUCGACUUACUGAAGAGCCAACCAUCCUGUGUCAUUCCAAUUAGUAAUUUCAUCCCAUCCUAUCACCACCAUUUUGCAAAGCAGUGCCGCGUAUCAGACUAUGGAUAUUCCAAGCUGAUUGAAUUGUUAGAAGCAGUGCCUCAUGUGUUGCAGAUCCUUGGAAUGGGCUCCAAACGUUUGCUGACCCUUACCCACAGGGCCCAGGUGAAGCGCUUUACUCAGGAUUUAUUAAAACUUCUCAAAUCUCAAGCCAGCAAACAGGUCAUUGUGAGAGAAUUCUCACAGGCUUAUCAUUGGUGUUUCUCAAAGGAUUGGAAUGUCACUGAAUAUGGUGUUUGUGAGUUGAUCGAUAUCAUAUCGGAGAUUCCGGACACAACCAUCUGCUUGUCCCAACAAGAUAACGAAAUGGUGAUUUGUAUCCCCAAAAGAGAACGUACCCAGGAUGAAAUAGAAAGGACAAAACAGUUCUCCAAGGAUGUUGUUGAUUUGCUGCGGCACCAACCCCAUUUCCGGAUGCCCUUUAAUAAGUUCAUCCCCUCCUACCAUCACCACUUUGGCCGGCAGUGCAAACUCGCCUACUAUGGGUUUACCAAACUACUUGAACUUUUUGAAGCCAUACCUGAUAUUUUACAAGUGUUGGAAUGUGGAGAAGAAAAAAUCCUUACUUUGACAGAGGUGGAACGAUUCAAAGCUCUAGCCGCUCAGUUUGUUAAACUCCUUCGGUCCCAAAAAGAUAACUGCCUUAUGAUGACAGAUCUGCUUAAAGAGUAUGCUAAAACUUUUGGUUACACAUUUCGUCUCCAAGACUACGACGUCAGCUCAAUUUCAGCUUUAACACAGAAACUCUGCCAUGUUGUAAAGGUUGCUGAUACAGAAUCUGGCAAACAGAUUCAGCUGAUCAACCGCAAGUCUCUGCGCUCUCUCACUGCACAGUUGCUUGUCUUGUUGAUGUCUUGGGAAGGAACUGCUUGUCUUUCUGUUGAUGAGCUCAAGAGACAUUAUGAAACCAUGCACAGUACUCCACUCAACCCCUGUGAAUAUGGAUUCAUGACCGUAACUGAACUUCUGAAGAGUCUGCCUUACUUAGUUGAGGUUUUUACUAAUGAUAAGACAGAAGAAUGUGUGAAGCUCACAAGUUUGUAUCUGUUUGCCAAGAAUGUGCGGUCUUUACUUCACACUUACCACUACCAGCAGCUCUUCCUUCAUGAGUUUUCCGUGGCCUACACCAAGUACGUUGGAGAAACACUGCAGCCCAAGGCUUAUGGCUACAGCAGUGUGGAGGAGCUCUUGGGAGCAAUCCCACAGGUGGUCUGGAUAAAAGGACAUGGCCAUAAGAGAAUUGUAGUGUUAAAAAAUGACAUGAAAAGUCGCCUGAGCUUACUCGGUCUUUCCCCUGCCAAUCAUGAACACCGGCCCUCAGCUUCUGAGCAUAUCCUGGCGGUGCCUGAAUCUCGCAUAGCCCCGGAUCUUGAACUUGGAGCGGAUAGCGAUGGGCCCCGUCAACCAGAGCAAGAGCUUCUCCGCCUGACCAACGACUCCCCUGUGGACCUCCUGUGUGCACCUGUCCCUUCCUGCCUGCUGUCCCCUCAGCUGAGACCAGAUCCCGUCAUCCUCCAGUCUGCCGAUCUCAUUCAGUUUGAGGAACACCCACAAGAGCCUCCAGAAAUGAUGAUUUUAAACCAAGAAGGGCAAAUUGAACUUCCAGUGCCAGUGAAGAAGGAAGACCCGGCCUUGGGCUCUGGCUCGUCAUGCUCCUCAGCAGCUGUCCCGGCACCUCCCUGCCCCUUGGAAACACCAGAGUCACUGCUCAGCAAGGACCCCAGCGAAAGCCCAGCCAAAAAGCAACCCAAAAAUAGAGUAAAAUUGGCAGCCAACUUUUCCUUUGCACCUGUAACCAAGCUUUGACUUUUGUUUUGAACAUAGAAUUAGGAUGGGAAAACACUGUCUGAUUCUGCACACAAAAGCGGGUUCAAAAAACAGCCUUUUCUGUUUAAUCAAAAUCCCCCAGAAGCUACUGACUUCAUCUUUACAUGUAUCCAUAAUGUUUUGUUUGUUUUACAUUGAACACAGCUUUGAGCUGAAGCUUUUCUUUCUCCCCCCCCCCCCAAUUAUUGGAAGAGAAAAAAACAAAAACAAAAAAAUUUCUGGCAUAGGUUCAAGAAUCCUUAAUGCAUUUUACCAGAUUUUUCUUAAUAUGAAAUAUAAUUGUGUUCCAUAAGAAGAAAGUAAGAACUCAGCUAGGAGGAAGUGGUUUUACUUCUAUUAAACCACAUCAGUGAUAAAAUCUUACAUGUAGCAUAUUAUAUAGUCUCUAAGCCUUUGCUUACUGAUGUUUUCAGACAGUAUUAAUCAAAUGCAUGAUGUGUCUUUGAAGCACAGGCUGUUCGGUGCCCCGUGUGAUCACUCUGGGGAAGGAUGGAUGAGGAGGUGAGAAGGUAUCUUCAGGUUGGAAAUGAAGGUUCCUGGCUUCCAUGUGACUUGUAAGCGUGCCUUGUUUUUUAUUUAACUAUGUCUGUAGUUGACAAAUGCAGCUUCAUCACAAAGUUUUUUUAGAUGUUUCCACUUUGGGGUUCCAUUUAGGAGCUUUCUAGAAAGUUGAGGAUGUUUUAAGC